GAAUCAUGUGGUGCCUGGGGAGGAAGUGCGGCUUGUUUUCUUUCCUCUAGUCGCCGGGCUCCGGGUGGAGAGGGAUGCGCGGAGACCCCUUCGGGGGCGGCGGCGGCGGCGGCGGCGGCGGCAGCGAGUCCCGAUGAGGCCCGAGCGCCCCCGGCCGCGCCGCAGCGCCCCCGGCCCGAUGGAGGCCCCGCCGUGGGACCCCCUCCGCAACGACUCGCUGCCGCCCACGCUGACCCCUGCCGUGCCCCCCUACGUGAAGCUCGGCCUCACCGUGGUCUACACCGUGUUCUACUCGCUGCUCUUUGUGUUCAUCUACGUGCAGCUCUGGCUGGUGCUGCGCUACCGCCACAAGCGGCUGAGCUACCAGAGCGUCUUCCUCUUCCUCUGCCUCCUCUGGGCCUCCCUGCGGACCGUGCUCUUCUCAUUCUACUUCAAGGACUUCGUGGCGGCCAACGCGCUCAGCCCCUUCGUCUUCUGGCUGCUCUACUGCUUCCCGGUGUGCCUCCAGUUCUUCACCCUCACGCUGAUGAACCUGUAUUUCACGCAGGUGAUUUUUAAAGCCAAGUCCAAAUAUUCUCCAGAAUUACUCAAGUACCGGUUCCCCCUCUACCUGGCCUCGCUCCUCAUCAGCCUCAUCUUCCUGCUGGUGAACCUCACCUGCGCGGUGUUGGUGAAGACGGGCCACUGGGAGAGGAAGGUCAUCGUGUCUGUGCGCGUGGCCAUUAACGACACGCUCUUCGUGCUGUGUGCCGUCUCUCUGUCCGUCUGCCUCUACAAAAUCUCUAAGAUGUCCUUGGCCAACAUCUACCUGGAGUCCAAGGGCUCCUCCGUGUGUCAAGUGACUGCCGUCGGCGUCACCGUCAUCCUGCUUUACGCCUCCCGCGCCUGCUACAACCUGUUCACCCUGUCGUUCUCCCAGAGCAGGAACGUGCGCUCCUUCGACUACGACUGGUACAAUGUGUCCGACCAGGCGGACCUGCGGAACCAGCUGGGCGACGCCGGCUACGUGGUGUUCGGAGUGGUCCUGUUCGUGUGGGAGCUCUUACCUACCACCUUAGUGGUCUUCUUCUUCCGAGUUAGGAGUCCUGCAAAGGACCUGACCAACCCGGGAAUGGUCCCCAGCCACGGAUUCAGUCCCAGGUCUUACUUCUUUGACAACCCUCGGAGGUAUGACAGUGAUGAUGACCUUGCCUGGAACGUUGCCCCUCAGGGACUUCAGGGAAGCUUUGCUCCGGACUACUAUGACUGGGGACAGCAAGCAAACAGCGUCCUGGCACAAGGGGGAACUUCGCAACCAGAUUCAGUUUUGGAUCCUGACAAACCGAGCCACGGGUAGUGUCAGUUAACAGUUUUAUGGAAGAUUCCUCAGUUGAAAAGCUUCAGAAAGACUAAUGUAAUGACAACUGAACUUUAGGGCACUUUUCCUUAAGAAAUAGGACUUGAUUUUUAUUUGUCACAGGUUUCUGAUGACUCCAUAGGACUAAGCAAUAAUUUAGAUUGAUAAAACCGUAUUUUAGUACUAAAAAGUGAGCCUGGCUGCCAAUUUCAGCAGCUGUAAUUUAAACUUUAAAAAAAUUCUGUAUUUUAUAAAGAUGUAUUUUAUAUAACUUAAAUAAUAAUGCUAAAAUAUACUAGGGAUUUUUGAGAAUGUUACUGCAAUAUAUGUUGUAAUUUGCACAGACUUUUAUGCAUAAUUCACUUUAAAAGGAUACAGGACAUGGUCUGAUGGUUUUUUUUUUUAAAGGCUUUUGGACUAAAGUAUUCUUCAGAUCCUUACCUCUUCAGGUCACUCAGAUUCUGAGCUCCAUGCUGGUAGAGACUAACUAUAAUCGACAUCUAGAAAGCCAGUUGCAACCUGCGUUGAAAGUUGUAACGUAGCAGAAUGUCAGCGGACUGCACGUGAGGGAACUGGCUCCUCAGAGCUGUUCAAAGCCCAGGUGGUUGGACCCUCAAAGAAUCUCCUGUAUGUUGCCAACAUUUAGUGCUUCUCUAAACAAGGCGCUAGUGCAGACACUACGCUGAUAAGUUGAUAACGUUAACAGCAUUGAUAGACUCGACUCACGCUGGCAAAGCUCCCCUGCUGUACUGGAGACUUCUGUGUGCUUUGUGAGCCCCGUGACAUCCGAGACCCGCCGCCUCGGGACUCCGCGGGACUGCCCCUCUCCCAGCUCACCGCACAUCCAUCCGUCGGUGGGCAAGGAAGAGGGUCUCACCGGGGGAUCGGUAACAAAUUCCCCUGGGUCCUAGAGCCAAAAGACUGGAAUCCUAGCAGCUUUCUUUUAGUUUCCAACCACGUUAAGGAGCUGUGAGAGCAGCCUGCUGGAGGCUGCGCCCUUGACAUGGGAGCAGCAGGGCCCUGCUGUCUAGCACGAGGGCCAUCUCUCAGCCACGUGCAGGGGCUCACCGUUGUCAUUCAUGUAAGUGAAACACAUGUCGUGACGUACUAGUUCCCCAGCCGUAAGUGCCAUUCUAGAAUCUCCAAGGGUGACACAUGCAAUGAUGAUGCGUAUAUAACAUCUAGCCUGCAGUUGUAAACUACCUGCGGUAGGAGCGCGUACCCGGCUGUCAGGGAGGUCGCACGCUCGCUCUUCCUGCGGAACGGAGUGACCUACCAGAGGCAGAAAGUGCCCCCCGCUCGGCCUAGGGGACCUCCCAUCUCUGGACGGAGGUGGGGAGGGGCAGGCGGAGAGGAGCUCACACUGGUCAGUUCUGCCUGAGUGAGGAAGCCUGUUUUGGGUGUCUCGGACCUACCAUUUCAGUCUUCAGGCAUAACUAAUCUCUGGGCAUUGAUUUCACAGCGAUCAAAGUCUGCUUCUCUUGAUGGUUCUAUUUAAAAUUGGGAUCUCAAGUUUGAAGUGGGUCAGGAUCGGGCUUUUCCUUGGCCCGGAGCACCUCUGCCCUGCAUAGUCACACAAAACAUACUUGCCUUUCAGUGUGUGCAAGAAUUUGGGUCACAUAUUUAACAUAAUUACUGCCAGGGGAAAUUCUACACUGAAGCCACAUUUGCACUGACUACUCCAGUUGCCUUAAAACGGCACAGUUGCUGUUCUGAGUAGCUUUACGAACAGCCUACCUGCCACACUGUCUGUUACUGAUACUUAGGAGAAUUUAAAGGCAGAUCAGCAAAUGCUUAAAAACCCUUUAAAUGGUGCUUUCAGGAAAUACUGUAGCUCUUCAAUAUUCGGUCACUGAAGGGCAGAUGUAUUUUUAAAAGCGUCACUAAAGCCAUGCAGUUUUUAUACUCAUCCUACGAUGAUGGACAAAUACUUUGUUAUUCUGAUUAUUGGCAGGAAGAUCGAAAUACUCAGUGUUAACUGGUAAAAGCCAUAACCUAUUUUUAUGAUAGAGCUGCUAGCAUUUGAACUGUUAUUUUUUAUUGGAAAGGAUAAAAAUGUUCUCAGUGCCUAUUUUUCUCUUCCCUUUUUAAAAAAUAAUGCUGAAGCACAAAUGUUGUAAACACAUCUAGAAUAUAGAAAACUAUGAUUGUAGCGAACUGUCUUUCUCUCAAGGUAAACGAUCGCAUGUAGCCUGUGAAAUGUUGCAGGUGUGGUGUGGAAAGGACGAUUACAGUUUUCUGCAGCUUCCUGAGUUGCUUGUGCAAUGUGCACUAACAAAGCAACUCGCAGGUGAACUGGUGAAGGCAAGGAGUGGUGACUGCUGGCUCUAAAAUACCCAGGUGUUCUCUCGUUCUAAGGCAACAUGAUGAAACUAAAAGCCCCACAAUUUGAAAGUUAAAAAAGUAGGGGGAAGAGGCACUUAAAUCACUGAAAAUUUUGUGCCAUGAUUUAUCGAAGUCUGACUCGGCACUAGAAGGCUGCACGUGACAGUUUCUUUACAUCCAGUGGAAACGUGAAUAGAUGUCCACACUUCCGAGUUAACCGUCGAAAAACUUCCAGCUGAUUUGGGUACAGGCAGACCUCAGAGAUCCUGCAGGUUCGGCUCCAGACCACCGCAGUAAAGCAAGUACUGCAGUCAAGGGAGUCCCGUGAACUCUGUGGUCUCCCAGUGCGUGCAAAAGGUAUGUUUACACUACACUGCAGUCAGUUACUAAGUGUACGAUAUAUUGUCCUAAAAAAAGUUGUACAUACCUUAAUUAAAAAAUACCAUAUUGCUAAAAAUAAAAAGUGCUAACCAUUAUCUGAGCCUUCAGCAAGCUGUAGGAGUAACAUCAAAGGUUACUGCUCACAGGUCCCCAUAACAAAUGUAGGAAUACUGCGAGAGUUGCCAGAAUGUGACACAGACAUGAUGCGAGCGAAUGCUGUUGGAAAAAAAUGGCACCGACAGACUUGGCGCGAUGCAGCGUUGCCCCAAACCUUCAGUUUGUGGGGGAAAAGAAAUGCACUGUCUGAAGUCCAUGCUACUUACGGCUUUUCGCCGUCCAGGUGGAGCAGCUACUGGGAAGGAGCUAAACAGUGGGAUUCUCAUCCAAGACUAUGAACAAGCUGAUUAAAGUGGGCAAAGGUUUGUAUCAAAGGGGCGGCGCUGGUGAGGAGGUAGAUGUCAGGGUCUGCGGAGCACCAAGCACGUGCUGGGCCCAGUCGGCCGGCUCGGCGACGCCCUGACGCUGACCCUGCUCCUGGCCCUUAGCAGGUGUGCAGGAAGAGCCCCUGCACCAGAGGGUCAGUAACUCCCCUGACAGCCACGAGCGCUGCCCCUGGGCCCCCACCUAGGUCUAGCUCCCCGGGUCAGGGCGCCCAUGGCGGGCUCAUCCGUGGUGGGGUUCUGAGAUUGGAAGCCCUACUUGAUAGAACCCCGGCAGCCACAGUCCUCAGGUCCAGACCCAGUGGCUCAGCGCUUCUGAUGGUAUCUGGCUGGUUCCUCUCCAGCUGGUCCUUGACCGGUGGCUGGGACCUGUUCCCUCUCUUCCUCGAGGUGGGUCACACCUUGGCCGCAUUCACUCUUUAGCCUCCAAAGUUGACCAGUCCCUUUGGACCUCGGCUGCCCCACCACUCAGAGACUUAGACAUUCUCUCCAGAACAGGUGCACCGCCUCUGAGCCCGAGAAGCCUGGUCAGGACCGAGGUCAGCUCUGCGCUCUCUCUCCAGCUCCAGCUACGACCUGCUGCCUCUCAGCCUGCGUGGUCUCAGAGUCCCUCUUUCCCUGCGGGUCCCUGUCACCAUGGCCCUUCCUGACUCUGACCCUCAGUUUCCCAGGAACCUAGCUAACCUGCGCCGGUCCUGCUGUCUGUCCGCAGGCCUGAGUCUCAGUGGUCCUGGACGGCAUUACCUGAGGUAUAAAAAGGGUUUGCUUAGGAUCCACGAGUUACCGCUCUGCCGGCCAGUUUGUCCCGUACACCCUUGGUGUGCUGGCCCCUUGGUGCGUCCACUUGCCGGAGUCUGGGCUUCAGGAGUGCGGACCUGGCACCCGUCAGAGAGCAGAACACUUACCAUGGGGAGAGACAGUCUGUGAGGAGGUCCGCAGGGAAGGUUCAGUUCUGUCAGACGAUGUGUGGUGAAUGCUGGCCGCCCUGACCGAGGGGCUGGUUUUAAUCGUCUGCGACAACUUGCUGGCCUGCCAAACAGACACUGAGGGUACCUGCUCCACAAGCAGGUUUCCGUGUUGAGCAUGGCCGACCUCGGUGUGGCCGGAAAUGCACAGGCAGCUUCGCGACUUCACAGCUCGCCGUGUCCGCGGGUGCAGACCCCCGGGGCUGCCGCUCUGUCAUGUGUGUUCGCUGGACUCGUGCGGCUCAGUCCCACGUUCAGGGGCCAGCCGUACUCUCCCUGGGCGUGUCGUCACCACAAACUCGACGUGACCGAGUCAGGCCACGUGGCGGCGGGGCCUGGGAGGGGAGGGAGCCCUCCCGUCCUGUUGUUUUGGCCGAUAUCAUUGGGGUUUUUUUAGGUGACCUUUUAUCCACCGCAUGUGGAUUUUACAAGUUUAAAAUGCAGUUAAGGGCUCCCCCCUUGUUUUUUUAAUGGCUCUUCCAAGACAUCCAACUUUUGGACAAAGAUCCCAUAAUGGAAAUAAAAAGGCAAAUGGGAUUGGACAGCAAGAUAAUUCCUAAGAAUGAUUUGAGAACUAAGUCCUAAAAGCGCUGAGAGGAAACCCCGUCUCCAGAGGCACUGCUCGUUCUGCCCAUCUGGGCCCCGCGUCGCCGUCUGGGCCCUAGCAGGAGGACACUGAGAUAAUGACCAUGACCGACAGCACGGGGCAGGUCUUCACCAGGUGAAAUGUCAAAUUAACACAACCGUGACGCGCUGUGUGGUCAGAAGUGCUACCCUCCGGAGAAAACCCUGAGCUGGAUGGAGCUUCUGCCUGGUCCAUAUGUUAAAGGAUUUUUAGAAGCUCAUAUGGAACCAACAAGAAGAGCUAAAAAAGUUAUUUUAACAAAAGCGAGUGGAGACCAGUGCACCAGGUAUUAAAAUAUAGGCUCUGAGCCAUUAAAAUAAUGCAGUGCUGGUGCACGAGUUAACAGACAACGGGACAGAAGGAAAGCCCGGGACUCCACACGUGACAAACAGCAUCUCCAACUGGCGGGGGGAAGGAGCCGUGCGAUGGGCGGGUUGCACUAACUGAGCGGUCACCGGGAAGAAGUCAGGCCGCACCUGUAACUUGCACUUUAUGCCAGGAGACACCCUGAGGAACCAACAUUUAGAUCUAAAAAAAUAAAACCAUAAAAGUUCUGGGGGAAGAUACAAUUGAAUUAUUGCAGUGGAGUGAAGAAGGCAUUCUUAACUACCACUCAAAAUCCAGAAACCACUAAAAAUUAAAAUUAGACUGUGUAAAAAUUUAAAAAUUGCACGUCAAAACCAUCAUAAGCAAAGUCAAAAGACAAAUUAAAAAAGAAUUUUACAGCGUAUUACAGUCAAAGGAUUAAUGUCCCUAACAAAUAAAGCACUCCUCGAAGUGCUAAGAGCCACAGGAAAAUGGGUAAAAGAUAUGAACGCAGAAGGAAACACAGGUGGCUCCUGAACAUAUUAAAGGCAGUCAGCCGUACUCACGAUGAGAAAAGUACAAACUGAAACACAGCGAUACGUAACUGCGUCUUAGCAGAAUGGCAAAAAUCCAGCUUUUUAAUAGUGUCGGUGCUGGUGAGGCUGCGGGUUGGCAGGCAUGGUCUUAAAUUUCAGGUGGGUGGGCAAACUCGUAACCAUCCCCUGUGGAGGGCAGUAUUCCUAGUCUAGUAUCUUCCAAAAUUACAAGUGCACAUGGUCUUUGACCCCAAAAUUCCAUUUGGGGGCAUUUAGAUGACAAGUACAUAUCUAUUUAUGUGUGAAAUGACUUAUAUACAAAGUCUGGAAACAAUCCAAAUGCCCAUUAAUAGGAGAUUGGCUCAUUAAAGGACUGUACUUCAAUAUAAUGGAACACCGAGCAGUUACUUAAAAAAAAAAAAAGUGGGAGGACUGCCGAGAAAAACUAAGUGAAAAAAAAAAAAAAGCAAA